GUCAUACCUACUUCCUGGCAGGAUUUUUGGUGGCCAUCUCCUCUACCACAAACUGAAAGCUAGUUGUUGAGGAUAAAACAGAAAGUGACACACAGCUACUGCCCCAAUUUGGUGGCAGCUGAAAGAACAGAAAGACAAGGAGCCUUGUAACCUCAGGAUACAGUAGCCCUCAGUUAGUGGAAACUAGUUCAUGGCACCAUACAGGAUUUGGCUUAUCAAAAAAUUAUGGAAUGUUCUUCAGGCUGGAAACUGAGGCCUACUUAAAUAGUCAUCGUAUUAGGCAAUGCUGGUUUGGCAGUGGGGCGUGAGAUUGCGAAUUCCUCUAGCAAUGCUUUUCGCAGGAGAUUACAUUGCCUAACUCUUGGGUGUCCCAACAUAUUUAGAGAGCAAGAGGGGCGGGGGGGGAGAGCAAGAGAAAGAAAGAAAGAAAGAAAGAAAGAAAGAAAGAAAGAAAGAAAGAAAGGAAGGAAGAAAGAAAAAAUGAGCAACUUUACUGUGUUGGACUUGGUUAAAGUCCCACAGCUAUGGAUCUUUGGCAGCUGCUGUUGAUCUUGGCACUGGCAGGCUCAAGCAAUGCUUUUGUUGGGCUAGAGGGCACCGCAGCUACCCUUGACAGAGCACACCUGAGUCUGCAAACAGUUAAUUCAAGCCUGGAAACAAAUUCUUCUGGGAACCAUGAAUUCAUUAAGUGCCGUUCACCUGAACUAGAGACUUUUUCAUGCCACUGGACAGAUGGGGAUCAUCAUGCUUUAAAGAGCCCAGGAUUUGUACAGCUGUUCUAUGCUAAAAGGACUAACAAAGAGAACCAAGAAUGGAAAGAAUGCCCUGAUUAUGUCUCUGCUGGAGAAAAUAGCUGUUACUUUAACUCAUCGUAUACCUCCGUUUGGACACCCUACUGCAUAAAGCUAACUAAUAAUGGUGGUAUGAUGGAUCAAAAGUGUUUCUCUAUUGAUCAAAUAGCGCAACCUGAUCCACCCACUGGCCUCAACUGGACUGUAAUAAACAUUAGUGCAACAGCAAUUUAUGGGGAUGUUCAAGUGAGAUGGCAGCCACCAACCAAUGCAGAUGUUAAAAAGGGAUGGAUAGUGCUGGAAUAUGAACUUCAAUUCAAACAAAUAAAUGAAACCCAGUGGAAAAUGGAUUAAAAUGCUGAUUUUGCCCCCGGUUCCAGUUCCAAAGAUUAAAGGAGUUGAUCCAGAUCUCCUCAAGGAAGGAAAAUUAGAGGAGGUGAACACAAUCUUAGCCAUUCAUGAUAACUCUAAGCCUCAAUUCUACAACGAUGACUCUUGGGUUGAAUUUAUUGAGCUAGAUAUUGAUGACCCUGACGAAAAGAUUGGAGGAUCAGACACAGACAGACUUCUCAGCAGUGACCAUCAGAAAUCACUUAAUAUCCUUGGGGCAAAGGAUGAUGACUCUGGACGUACUAGCUGUUAUGAACCUGAUACUCUGGAGGCUGAUUUCAAUGCCAGUGAUAUGGGUGAUGGCAGCUCUGAGGUCGUUCAGCCAGACAAGUUAAAAGGGGAAGCUGAUCUCUUGUGCCUUGACAAGAAGAAUCAAAAUAAUUCACUUUGUGAUGCUUCUCCUGAUCCUCAGCAGACCAGUGUUAUUCCAGCAAAGGAAGACAAACCACAACCACUUCUUAUUGGUAAAACUGAGUCAACUAACCAAGAUGCCCCUACUCAGAUAAGUAAUCCUAGUUCACUGGCAAACAUGGACUUUUAUGCCCAGGUGAGUGACAUUACGCCAGCAGGGAGUGUGGUCCUCUCCCCAGGCCAAAAAAAUAAGGCAGGAAUGUCCCAGUGUGAAAUGCAUCCAGAAGCAAAGUUCAUCAAAGACAAUGCCUACUUCUUCAAGGGAGAUGCCAAAAAGUGCAUUGUCAUGACCCCUCACAUCGAGGUCAAGUCACGUGAAGAACCAAGCUUUAAAGAGGAGGACACUUACAUCACCACAGAAAGCCUUAUCACUGCUGCUGAGAAGUCUGGGGCUGCAGAACAGGCUCCCAGCUCUGAUACGGCUCUCCCAGAUUAUACCUCCGUUCAUAUAGUGCAGUCUCCACAGGGUCUCAUACUCAAUGCAGCUGCCUUGCCCUUGCCUUUGCCUGACAAAGAAUUUCUCUCAUCAUGUGGCUACGUGAGCACAGACCAGCUGAACAAAAUCAUGCUGUAGCCCUUCUUCAGUUUCCCAAAAGUGACAUAUUUCAUCACAAAGAACUGGCUAGGGCAUGAGUGCUUAAACCAAAAUGAUGUUUUCUUGGGAGAGUGUGAGAGUGGGUAUAGAUUCUAACUGCCUUUUCCUGAAAUGUUGAAACAUGAUAUUGAAAUGAAAAACUAAGAAUGCUUAAUCAUAUAUUCCCUUGUGAAUUGUAAAUAUUCUAAAUUGUCUCAAAGACUGUUUUGUGGCAGUAAUUGUCUUAUUGUGGUGUUAAUUUUGUGAUGCUGAGCAUUAAAUGGCUUCACCAUUAAUGUACAGUAAAUCAAGCUUUUCAAAAAAGCAAAAUAAAGUCAGGUGGCUUUUGCAGUUCAGGAAACUGAGUGCAAGUCAUAGCACAGGCUAUUUUUUUUAAUUAACAUGGAGAUAAAACUUUAGGUAAGAAGCCAAACAUAGUUUGGAUAUAUAAAACAUUUAUUUUGACAUAAAAUUGAUAAAGAUAUUUUUAAUAAUUUAGACUUCAAGCAUGGCUAUUUUAUAAUACACUACACAUUGUGUACUGUAGUUCACGAUGACUUAACCAAAAAAAAGGUAGCAGUUACAGUGUAAUGCUGGUUUAAUGCUUUGUUCAGUGCACCUAAGAAAAGCAAACAAAUUAGUUUUCUACAAGGUCCUUUUUAUGUCUCCUGAAACUUCUUAAAUAAUUCUAAAAGUCUAAUAACCUGCAUUAUUGGAACAUAUUGACUGUAUCUGAAUUUUUAAACAAAUAUUUUUUAAUUUAGAAGAAUUUGUUAAAAUGUUUACACUCAUCAACAUACCACAAACCAAAAAAUACAUUUCUUCAGCGAAUUUCAGUUCAAGCCCCAGAGCUGUGCUAUAAGAGAAGCAGAGGUUAGGCUGUGUGAGGGCAGGGGAGUGAGAAAAAUGCGCCAGCACCUCUGCAGUGGGGCCUCUUCAAACUCAACUUGGUUUUAUGUCAUAGUUACCCAAGAAGAGAAGGGCAAGAAAUAUUUGUAAAUCAAAGCAGAUUGAAUGAAGUUAACUGGAUACUGGAACAAAAAGCUCAAGAAUCAGGUCUUUGUUUCACAGCCUAUAGCCAGACACAUACUCAUUACACACGGUAUCAGGGGACAGAAGAGACAAGAUUUUUUAGCCCAAAGGAUAACUCAAAAGUAAUCAGAUCAAUAGCAGAAAUUUCUUCAUUAAACCUUUUAUAGGACUUAUUUUUACAAGAAAAAUAAGAACUUUCAUCAUUUUUUAUUUCCUCUCCAAAGGUCUAGCGUAGAACCUGGUAGUCAGAAAUAAAAAUCAAUAAAAAGCACAACAAAUGCCUAAGUAUCAUAUAAAUGAUUUUCUUCAAUUCCUCCAUAACCUCAACAUCAUCCAUUAGGACAGGUCCCUAAAAGUUCCGUAAAGGAGAAUCAUUUCAUCUCACUGAAGAGUACUUCUCAUUUUAAGUAUUUUUUUAAAAAACUUAAAAUGUUAAAGUUAGCUUUAAAGUUACUUCAAAGUUACUAUUUAAAUGGUGUUCAACAUUUAGCUCAGACCUUUUGAGGAAGCAAGCUUAGUGGUUGGUGACUUUAAUUCCCACUUUCUUGCAGAAAAACAGUGAAAUUCAUUCAAUAGAUUUUCUGCUACCUUGCUGCUAUGGUUUUCUUCAGGAGCUACAUCAUUUAGUUUCAUAUAAAAUAUCAUUAAUGUAGAAGCUAAUUCAAUUUAAAGUUGUGUGUUUGAAAGAACUGUCUUAUUCUACAAUAGGCUGAUCGCAUUUCUAUAGCCAAAAAAUAGUUAAAUACCUCAGUCAGUCUCAGAAUGUCACUUUGGUACUUUGCUGGCCACACAAGCCAUUAUUCACUCAUAUGACUGGUUGUGUCCUGCAGUCUAUGUUUAACUUUCCUGAUGUCUGUGGAUGUAUUCCUUCAAAGUUUAAUAAAUUUAUUUUCUUGGAUUCCU